AUGCAUCUCCUCCACCUCAGCCAGCUCGCCGCGCUGCUCAGCUACGCCACGGUCGGCCACGCCAGCCCCGGCAUGUCGGGCACCAUCGCGACAGACUGGCACGCCAAGUGGACGGUCCAAUGCCCGCCGGCCGUCAUGGACGACUUCCUCAACCGCUUGACCUGCGUGGACCAGGGCCUCUGCCGGGACGGCGUGUACUCGCCGCCCAGCGACCACAAGAAGCUCUGCGAGGAGUGCUGGUGCGCGCCGCGGCGGGAGCACUACCGCGGGACGGGGACCGCGACGGUCAGGUUCGUGACGGAGACGCCGGCGACGUAUCGGUAUAACUCGGACUUGAGGGUGAAUGGGAAGAGGCCUUCGGCGCAUGAAGCGAACCUAAGUUACAAGACGCACAACAUGCCCGACACCCACCCCCUCGACUUCACCUGCGCGCUCGUCACCGGCGGCGGCGGCGGCAUCGGCAAAGCCCUCGGGCAGUGGCUCAUCUCGCGCGGCAAAAAGGUCCUCCUCGCGGGCCGCACCGAAUCCAACCUGCGCGCCGCGGCCGACGAGAUCGGCGCCGCUGGCUACUACGUGCUCGACACUGGCAAGACGGACGACAUGCCGCUCUUCGUGCAGCACCUCACGACGGAGCACCCCGACCUCGACUGCCUGAUCAACAACGCGGGCGUGCAGCGACCCCUCGACGUGGCCAACGACGACGCCGCCGACUUCCUCUCCCGCGCCGAUGCCGAAAUCAACAUCAACAUCCGUGGGCCGCUACACCUCGCCCUCCUUCUACUGCCGCACCUGCGCACCCGCCCGCGCGCCACCAUCGUCAACGUGUCGAGCGUGCUGGGCUUCGUGCCCUUCUCCAUCAUCAACCCCGUGUACAACGGCACCAAGGCGUGGCUGCACUUCUGGAGCAUGAACCUGCGCACGCAGCUGGCGCGCUCGGCGGAGCUGCGCCACGUGCGCGUCGUGGAGAUUGCGCCGCCCAUGGUCGCGACGGAUCUGCAUCGCGAGCGCGAGGACCCGGACGACAACAAGAAGCACAAGAAUGAGAAUACGCUCACCGUGGAGGAGUUUAUGGACGAGGUGCAGCGGAAGUGGGAGGCGGGCGAGGAGAUGAUUACGGCGGGGCCGGGUAAUGCGAUCGUCGGCAAGUGGCAUGAUGCGUUUAGCGAGCGGUAUCCUGGUUGA